UGGGUUAAACAUGUCACUGAAAAAAAUUAGCGCCGGAGUCAGCUGUUUACGUAAAUCAACCUUCUUUUUCCAAUCUACUCCUUGCUGUCUUUUCACAUAACACCUUCACUGUUCCAGAAAUCCUUUGGACAAAAUGGCGAUAGGCGCUUUUCCGGCCGCCAAAUUAGGUGUUUUGGCUGUAAAGCAGAUUAGCAAACCCAUAGCUAACGUCAUUAAAAGUAAUGCCAAGCAGAGCCCUGUAUUUCGGAAGUACGUUUGUAUGCCACCGGCGCAGUUAUACAACUGGGUUGAGGUAAAGACAAAAAUGUGGGCCAUGAAUCUAGGCAAGCCAGUCGCAGUCCCUCCUCUGAACGAGGCCAUGGCCAUUGAAUUAGGUGCAAACUUGUUGGGUGAAGCCAUUAUAUUUGUGAUAGGCGCUGGUGUGCUGAUAUUUGAAUAUACGCGUCAAUCCAACAAUGAAGCGAAAAAGCAAGAAACUCUACGACAGGAAAAGGCCGAUCUAGCGUUAACACUAGCCGAAAUGGGUUUCCGACUAGAACGACAGGAUGCACAAAUCAGGGAAAUGACACGCGCGCUGGCAGAUUUAGGUAAGUUGAUUCGUGUUUGCUGAUGAUGCUUUGUCGUGUUUGUCUGUUGUUCUUUUAAUAAA